AUGAUGACUUCUGAAAAUGCUACGGUAACUGGCGUGGAAAGUGUGCCAGAUAUUUCCUCGACCAUCAGACGAUCUACAAUUUCACAUGUCAAUGGCACAAAUGGAAAGAACAGGGCCAAUAUCAGCAUUGCGGAUUUACCAAAACCUCUCACACAACAACAUACGUCCGAUUCCUUUCGAAAGUACACGCAAAAGAAAUAUAGGCAUGUUGCCGCUGUGCAUUCCAAGCCUCGAACAUCAUGCCUUAGUCAUGAUAGUCAUGCGGCACCGAGUUUCCUUGGUUUUAGAAACUUGAUGGUCCUUGUCUUGUUGAUCUCGAAUUUGCGGUUGAUGCUAGAAAACAUUCGAAAGUAUGGAGUUUUGAUAUGUUUGAGAUGUCACGAUUAUCGCAAGCAGGAUGUUAUGCUAGGGGCCGCCCUCUACUUUAUAAUUCCAUGCCAUCUUUUUGUCGCAUACGUUGUCGAACUCGCCGCCGCGCAACAAGCACGAGCUUCGCUGAAAGGAAGUAAGAAAAGAGCUGGGACGGCCACACCCGGUGGUAGCUAUAUUGCUACAGAGGCUGAACAGCAGAAGUUCCAUUCGACUUGGAAAGUGAUAGCUUGGAUACACGGAUUGAACAUAACGCUUUGUCUACUUAUAACUUCCGUGAUCGUCUACUUCUUCAUACAUCAUCCUUUAAUUGGAACAAUCACCGAAGCACACGCAAUCAUUGUCUGGCUAAAAACUUACAGUUAUGCCUUCACCUGCCGUGACCUUCGGCAUGCCUAUCUCCACCCCUCGAGCAAAGAGGAAGAUGCAUUGCCAGAAAUAUACAACAAAUGUCCUUACCCGGAGAAUAUCACACUGAAAAAUCUGACAUACUUUUGGUGGGUUCCAACAUUAGUUUACCAACCUGUAUAUCCUCGGACAUCCAAGGUUAGAUGGGUUUUUGUUGGUAAAAGGAUGGCAGAAGUAUUUGGUUUGGGUAUUUUCAUGUGGGUAGCUAGCGCACAAUACGCAGCUCCUGUUCUUCAGAACUCUCUGGAUAAAAUGGCAUCACUGGAUCUGGCUUCUAUACUCGAACGAUUGAUGAAGUUAUCCACGAUAUCUUUAGUCAUAUGGUUAGCAGGGUUCUUCGCCUUGUUCCAAUCUUUCCUGAAUAUUCUCGCAGAGGUCACGACUUUUGGGGAUAGGAAUUUCUACGAUGAUUGGUGGAACUCGCCUAGUGUGGGCACAUACUGGAGGACUUGGAACAAGCCGGUAUACCAAUUUAUGAAACGACAUGUUUUCUCUCCUCUCGUGGGUAGGGGCUGGAGCCCAUAUUCAGCGAGUCUUGCGGUAUUUACGUUCUCUGCUAUCCUACAUGAAUUGAUGGUCGGCGUUCCAACACACAACAUUAUUGGUGUUGCGUUUAUAGGUAUGAUGGCACAGCUACCGCUCAUUGCUAUCACAGCGCCAUUAGAAAAAAUGAAUGGUAUAAAUAUUGGGCAACCUCUCGCUGCAUUACUCUACUUCUUCGCAUGGCAAGCUAAAUAUGGUAGUGUUAGCAAGCAGGCCAUAUCACAAGGACGUUAG